AUGGCUUUUACAAAGAGUGUUUCUAUACUGGCGUUGGCAGGAAUACUUAAGACAGCAUUUGCACAGGAUUGUGGAAGUUCUUUUGUGGCCUUCGGAUAUGGCGGUGCGAACUAUUGGAAUUGCGAUCCAUGGAUUGACUCAUCAAUGCAACCCUACCUUGCCUGGUACAACGGUACAACAAGCAUUACCCAUGGAGGUGGCAACUGCAACGAUCCCACCGUCUUCAAGACAAUGAAGAAUGCAUUCGCCAUCGGUGGUCAAACUGUCCCAGGCAACAGCAGUCUCGACCGGUCAUCGUACGACAAGAACCCCUAUUAUAUCCUCUUUCCCAGCGCCAGUGGCGCCGAUAUUGCCAUCCAUGUCCAAUCCAGCACCGACGACUACUACACAGAGCUACAGCACUGGGAGCUUGGUGCCACCAAGAGUGGUGACGGCUUUGAUCUCACAGGUACUUUCAUCGGCAAAGUCCCUUCCAACAAUUACUUCUACUGGCCUGGAACAAGCUGUCGUGAUGGAGGAGACAUCUGGCCCAACUUUGGAUACGAGGACGGUAUUGAAUGGGGAUGGACUCUUUCCGGUCAUGUGUCGCCUGACGCUGCCGAGAUCGAGAUCCUCUAUACUAACACCGACAGUGACGGAAUGAAGCAAACCACGAGUGUCAAGUACUCCGGUACUGCCGGCAAAGAUGGAGGUCCACGCCUCUCAACGGCUGGUGACUUCCCCACCUCCGACGCCAGCUACAAGGCUCCAGAAGACCCUACAGAUCCAAGCCCUCCUCCCCCUACACAAUCAUCUGGCAGCUCAUCUGGCGAUUCAUCGUCAGCUUCGUCAGCUACUGGGUCAGCAACCCGUACUUCGUCUACAAGCAGCGCCACAGGAGGCUCUACUGCUGCAAAUGCCGCAGCCGGUAGGGCUUCGGGGAUGAAGUUGGGUGUCGCAGGAGUAUUAUCGGUGAUUGCAGGUGCUAUUUUUCUGAUUUAA